GCAAUACACAAUGACUUCAUAAAUUUCAAAUUCUAAAUUCUUGAAGAUUCCUACCAGUAAGUGGAAGGCUGCAUCGGUCUUUCGCUCUGCACAACAAUGGCCAAAUCGCGUGCGUCAACACAGACUUCAGGGUGAAACUUUUUCAGGAGCAUCCUCCGGUUUACUUGUUAUCCAGAAAAGGUGAAAAGACUCGCGCAGCCCAGCCAGGAGACGCCAAAUUGUCGUGGAAAUUAGACAACACUCGCAGACUCGUCCUCUGAAGCCACAUCUGAGUGGAUCCAGUUUUUCAGAGAUGCAGGAAUCCCUCCGGGUAUGGCUGCCACCUACGCUGUGAGCUUUGUAGACAACAGAAUUCAGAAGAGCAUGCUGAUGGAUCUCAGUAAGGACAUCAUGAUGGACUUGGGUAUCACAGUCAUUGGGGAUAUUAUUGCUAUUCUCAAACACGCCAAGCAUGUCUACAGACAGGAUAUGUGCAAAAUGGCCACUGAAGCUAUUUCCUCCGGUCAGACCAGCGUUCAGGCUGAGCUGAGGCGCACUGCCAAUACCCCCGCCACACGAAUGAUAGCCAAUGCCUUGAGUCGAGACUCCCCACCGAGCACACCCGUGCGUCGCCCUGACAACCGUCUCUCGGUGACCAUAUCCAACAAGAGCUCCAAAAUGGUUGCCAGUCAGCCUUCAGCAGAGGAGAACGGAUUGCUGUUGAAACGCCGACGAGUGACUUCAGAGAUGGAGGGGAAGUACAUCAUCAGCAUGCCAAAGGGCACCACCGCCCGAAGCAGACGCAUUCUGGCCCAGCAGGCUAAGAAAGCAAAGAGUUUGAAACGUACUUCAGUGUUUGAGAGGCUGGGCUCAGAGUCUAAGGCAGACACAUCAACAGCCAAUAAGCAGGUAACAGGUGUGUUCAGCCGUCUGGGCAAAGUGGACGAAGACGACGAUGCGGAGAGGGAUACGGCCGACGGCGCCAUAGCCGGCAAAGACGAGGACAGCGAUGGCGAAGGCUCUGUGCUUCAGUAUGCCGGCGUCCUUAAACGGCCUCAACUACCUUCCAAAAAAGAGCCUGUCGCCCAAAAACCUGAACCUGUUGCUCUGUAUCGCCUCGGCAACAAAUCUAAACUCCCGCUAUCAGAGAGCACUCCUUCGGCUGUCCCCUCCUCCACCUCUUCCAGCCAGGAGGGGGCGCCUAAACGGAAAAUACUACGGAGGUUGGGUAAAGUUCCCACAGCCAGCCCUGCCCCUGCGUCCUCUUCCAGCUUACGAUCUAGCCAGUCAACAGAGACUCAGGAUAGUCAGGUGACCAGCAGCAGGAGCAAGACAAGCUUUGCUCUGGCCAGCCCCAAAGUCAGCAGCAGCACAGGGACGGGCAAGGACUCACACAGGGCUCAGAUGGACGCUGCCACAGUCAGUGUGUUCAAAAGACUCGGGGCCAAGAUUGUCUAAUGCACACAAACGUCCUCAACACUCCUUUCUUAUCGCUCUCUUAUCUUAUCUCUAUCCUGCAUUCAGGAUUUAGGAUUAAAGUGCAGUAGACCUCAUGUCCCCAUGGUGCAUAUUAGAAUGAUCCCACCCACCAUUAACAUUCUGCAUACUUUUCACGUACCUUCCGAUACCUCUAAAAUCCCUCCUCUUCAGAUUUUACGGUGGGUUUCUAUGGCAGUUUUGUACAGCAAGACAGUUCGGUAUGUGCUGAUAUCCUUUGAACAUACGGUGCAAUAUUACAAUGUUGUUUUUAAGAAAUUUUUACCCUGCAUCUUUACACAAUGGGCAGCAAUUUACAUGAAAAUUCAUUCAAGGAAACAUGAUCGAACCUUUACAUUUCUUCAAAAUAAGGAAGACCUUGUUUUUUAUGCUGCUGGUUUACUGAAAAUAUCAUGUGUGCUGAAUAUCGCCGAUUCAUCCAUUGCACGUCAACAUGCCUCGCUUGCAGUACUGUAAACAAGAACAACGUGCUCUCAUCUCCACUUAACUGUCCAUCGACCUUCCCUUUUUCAUACCUUGUAGCCAUUAAAAGACUUGCACACUGUACCUCUAGUCUCCCGUCAAACCCCCCCCCCGAUCUCAGCUGUCACUUUAAAGCCCUCAGUUUUUCCUUCCUCUGAAGGAAAGCCGUGUUAAGUGUUACCUAGAUGUAAUGAGUGAGCAAGGUGUCAUCUCCCCUGCUGGGAAAUGGGAUAAUGUUGCUAGGCAACACACAUGGCGAUGGACCCUAGAGUGUUGUUGUUUUUCUCAUCCGUUUGUGGCCAACGUGUACAAAAUAAAAGGCAACUUGUGGGUUUGAAUUACACCAGCAGGUGCUGACCACACUAUUGCCCCAGGUGCAUAAAAUUUCUUUA